AUGGCGUCGGACGCAAAGGAGUGGCUCCAGCCUGCGGCGGACCGGCCUGAAGCCAAACGGCGACGGCUCCUUGCUGUCACUUCCUCGCCUCGACUGGCACCUGCUUCCCCAGCACCCAGUAUCUACAGCGACGGCGAAAUUCUGGAGUGGUGGACUCCCGGGCAAGUGCAUGCCGACUCCCCGAUUCGGCUCGCCCUUCAUGAGAUGCAGAAGUACCUAGCCGAUUGGCAGGCUUCGACGAAAGACGUGUUCUGGCAGCGGAAGUCCAACAAAGCGGUGCUGUCCAUCCUACUUUGCCGCAGCGAGAACGGCGAUUGGUGCACGUACCAUGGGAUGAACACAGAGGUCAGUCUUCCCUCCGGAUCUGUUUGUGCUGAGCGUGCGGCCAUAGUCAGGGCUGCCAGCGACUUCCGUCAUGCGAAGGACAUCGUCCUGAUUGCUACACUGGAUCCGGCAGACAAGCUGAACCCACUUUGGCCCUGCGAGGUGUGCCAGAGCUGGCUCAGCAAGCUCCGGCAGGAGAAUCCGGACAUGAUGGUCAUCGCCUUUGCUUCCUUGGAGUGCCACCGCUUUGCCGUCCGCGUGAAUGGCGAAAUCGUCGAGCCGCCAAAGCAGCCCCAGGCCACCCCAUCGCCCAACGAGGCCUUAAGCGGCUCGAUUUGGCCCGAGUUGGUGGAGCUCGCGGAGGGUACGACAGAGUACCCGUGGGACUGCAAAGACGUGGUUUAUGUAGAUGGCGCAUGGAACUUCUUCCAUCCAGGGCACCAGCGCAUCCUCCGGGAGGCAAAGCAGCGUGGGUCCCACGUCCUUGUCGGCAUCCACUCAGACGCCACAUUGAACGACCUCUUCGGAAAGCCGAGCCAUGAGAACUUCGUGACUCGCUUUGGUCGGAUUCUCCAAAACCGGUUUGUGUCCUUUGUGCUGAAGGAUGCGCCAUGGGUGGUUCCGCAGGACCUUAUCCAGGCACUUUGCAUCAAGAAGGUUGUCACCGGCUCGGUGGACAAAGUCACCGACUGCGGCAAGGUUCUCAUCGACGAGCUGUCCUACGAUCCGUACAAGGUCCCCCGCGACCUGGGAAUUUUGGAAGUGAUCAACUCUCAGGACUCCAUCACGGAGACCAGUUUCCAGGAGGAGCACAAGACACGUGCCCUGCAGGGCGUGUCGCCGUGA